AUGGCUACUGCUCGUGGGAAUAAUUCAAAUCGAAUGGAACGUUUGACAACAUGUCCUAUCUGUUUGGACAAAUUUCGUAUUCCAAAAGUUUUACCAUGUAUGCAUACAUUUUGUUUAACACCAUGUUUAACAAAUUUAGUUGAUCCACGAGCACGUUCAUUACGUUGUCCUGAAUGUCGUCGAGAACAUCAAAUUCCACCAGGUUUGAUAGAAAGAUUUUUCUAUGUCAUUUUAAUUAAAAUUUUAUUAUCAGGUGGAGUUCAAGCUUUUCCUUCUAAUUUAACAAUGAUUGGAUUUCUUGAUCUUCCACCAUCAACAAUUAUCAAUCUUCCUGAUCGAUGUUCUCAUUGUAAAGAACAAAAACAAACUCUAAUCAAAUGUCAUGAUUGUUCAAAUUUCUUCUGUAGCGAUUGUCGUGAACCACAUUUACGUGAAAUAUUUUAUAAUAUAAGUUCAUCAGUUAGUCAACUUCGUCGUACAUUACCAAGAUUAAGCGAUAAAAUUUCAUCCUAUGAACAACGAGUUAAUAGUGUUAAAAAUAAUUAUGAACAAAUUCGACGAGAAAUAACAUCAACUAUAGCUACUUUAAUUGAUGACUUAAAACAUCGUGAAACAGCAUUACUUACUGAAGCUGAAGUUUAUAUGCAAUCACAAUUGAGAACAUUUCGUAUACAACAAGAAGCUGCUGAAAUUGAAUUAGCAAGUACAGCAAGUUUUUGUGAAUCAGUAGGGACAUCAUUUCCAAAUGGACAAUUAAUUACUGAUGUAGAUUUAGCAAAUAUGCGAACACAAUCCAAUCGUUAUGCGCAACAAAUUGAUGCCUUGCAAGCACAAAUACCAUCUGAUGUUCAGAAGUUACAAUUUACGUCUAAUGACCAAGCAGCUAUUUCUUCCGCUAUACAAAAUUUCGGUCAAUUGCUUGAUGGGUCUCAAGGACAACAACAACAGCAACAACAAUCACGCACUUCAACAAAUCAAGCUAUUCAAUUCCAACAACAACCACGAUUUUCUUCAGCACCAUAUCCGUAUACUGCAACACAAUAUGCAACACCACCACGAAAUCCAUUAAAUAUUCAAGCACAAUCUCAAAAUGAUCAAUGCAAUUUAACAGUACCUGCUCGAAGUAAUGCCUCAUCCUAUACAGCUUCAUGGAAUCCACAAUCGACUCGUCGUCCUACAUCUAAUGUUCAGUCAACGUCUAUCUUUGGUCGAAAUCCAUUUGCAGCAAGUAAUUCUCGACAAGCUCAGCAAUCCACAGUUGCACCACCAGAACCAUCACCACGGCGUAAUUAUGUAACGAGCACAACUGCAGCGCGAUCACUCGAAGGAGAUGAUCGACCAAUCUUUGGUGGUAGUGGUGAAGGCAGCGGUGGAAGAGGAGGAGGUGGUGGUGGUGCUGCGAGAGGAAGAGGUCGAGCUCCUACUAUUGCAUCGAUUCAAGAACAACAAUCUUUAGCAAACAGUUUACAGCGACGUGACACAUUUGUACUUGAUCAACCUAGUUUACCAAAUUUACCACAGUCCGGUGCUCAAAAACCACGUGAUACAGUAAUUGUUCGAGAGCUUUAUAAUGUUCGACGACGACAUCGUGCUCGAACACCAGUUGCUUUUACUAUUGAUCUCAACCGAGAAACACAAUCGCCAGGCUCUCAAACCACAGACGAUAACAUUGGAUAA